AUGGCUGUUGGAUUGGAUGUUAGCGUAAUUGCAAUAAAAACUCUUAAUAAGUUUUUGGAAGACUUUAUUCAACAAUAUUCUGUAAAUUCUGAUCAACAAUUAGUUGCUAAUACUGUUGCAAGAGAAAUUCAAGAUGAUGAAUCAAGUAAAGAUAAUCAAGAAAAUAUUGCACCUUUUGAUAUUUCUACUGUUCAAAAUCCUAUAACUAAAAAGAGAAAAGGAGCCCCAAGAGUUAAACAUAUUAAAAGCUCACUUGAAACGAAAAAUAUUCAAUCAAUUACUAAAAAGUUAAAGUAG